UCGAUAAACAUUUAAAAGUGGUUUGAUAACAGUGCCCUAACAGCACUGUGAGAAGGAACGUGUCAACUCUAUCAACUCCGAUUGCAACUCUUAUUACUGCAUCCGGUAGAAGCACGUUUUUUUCGAAAUGGAGAAUCGAGACCGAAGGCUGAAAACCAUAAUGAGAAGGAUGAGACGACGACGACAUUUGGAUCCCAUGUUCCAGGUGGCCAAGUGUAAUACGUGCACCGAGCCAAUGGACGACAUUUUGACCGGUCUGUGUCUCCGCUGCUUCACCAUUUGGUCCACCGUGCCGCCUCAGCACCACAACUUCGACCAGGGGCGAGCCGCAAUUGUAAGAUCUUGCCGCGACCAUUCGAAUAACAACAUGAGCCCCACCUUCUUCCACGUCAUGGAGAGAGAGAAAUACCUUCGCCUGGUGAAGACUCAUAGAUUCCAUAAAUUGCGCGCCCUUUUUCAGGACAGUGCCAUCCUGGAGACGAAUACUGAUCAGGACACGAAGCCUUUUGUAAUCGAGGACGACUAUUACAAUGUGCCAGAUGUAGUAAACGACAGAGAUGUUCUUUAUUUUCAAAAACAAGUAAAUUCAUUAGAGGAUAUGGUUUUGUAUAACAAGGCCCUGGAGGAUCUGAAUAAGAAUUUUUUCUACUAUCGUAAAAACUAUACUGUGAUUCAUUAA